AUGCAACAAGUUUUUCGUGCCAAGGGUUUUGCUUUCGAUCUCGACGGCACUUUGAUCGAUACCACGCCACUUGUUGAGCAGCAUUGGCGCGAAUUCGCGUUGGAGCAUGGCUUGGAUGCUGAAAAGAUUCUUGAAACCUCCCAUGGUCGUCGUACGAUUGAGACACUUCAAAAGUGGAUCCCUGAUAAGGCUACGAUAGAAAUGGCUGACGAUAUGGAGCGCAAGUUGACUGCCAAGACGGAUGGAUUAUCGAUCUUACCCGGUGUGGCAGCACUCUUGGAAAAGAUACCAUUGGCAAGCACUGCUGUUUGUACCGCUGGCACUCGUCACAUGGCCGAAAAUCGCUUGACACAAGUAGGACUCGAUGUUCCCAAAGUGAUGUCCACGGGUGAUUCGGUGUCACGAGGAAAACCAGAUCCAGAAGGCUAUUUGUCGGCAGCAGAGCGUCUUGGAAUCGAUCCAAAAGAUUGCUUGGUGUUUGAAGAUGCUCCCGCUGGUGUUCAAGCUGCCAAGGCGGCUGGCAUGGAUUGUAUCGCUUGUGCAACGACUCACACUGUUGAACAACUCAAGGAGGCUGGUGCAAGCUGCGUGGUUCAAUUCCUCACCGAUGUGGAUAUAGAACAACUCCCAGAUGGAAGCUUUGACGUGAUCGCUUCGAGAACAUUGUGA